UCAACACCCUCUGCCCUACUCAUGUUCCUCCCACAUUCUAACUCAAUUUGUUUAUAUUAUGAACCGAAAUAACCUGAUGCACUAUUUACCUACUUUUAUUGGGACACAAAAUGUGAUUUAUAUAGUAUUUACAAUCAGACUAUCCACCGCAUUACGAUAUCCUGCUUCAGGAUGAACAGUUGUCGCCUGUGUGUGAAUGAAUUCCUGGUGCUGCGAAAGGACUACAAUAUUCACAAUCUGAAGGACAAGCUUGGAACGGUGUUCUCGUUUGAGAUAACCCCACACGGGCGUCUCUCCUCAGUGGUGUGCCCUGAUUGUGUCAGAAUCAUUGGCAAGUUCUUCGAUUAUGCUAGCAAGGUCAAAGAAAAUCAACAGCAAUUGCUGCAACAGAUCGAGGACGAAAAUAUGCCAAGUGAUACAUCGUCCUCGUUGCUCUCCCAAUCGCCCAAUCGUCAUCCGCUGAUUCCAGAAGAUGAAAUUAAGGUGGAAAUGGUAACACCGGAGAUUAUCUUUGCAGAAGCAAUAUCACCUGAGCCAGAAGCUGCCGCACAGAAUCAGACUGCAAAAAAGAACUCCAAAUCGAUUGCACCACCGGGAAGGUUUCAAAAAAAUUUGAUCAGUCGUCACAUGAAUAUGUCUUGCGAUAUCUGCCAGGAGGACCAAUUCACAUUUCAAAAGCUAGAGACCCAUUUCAAAAAAUACCACGGCAAACAGUUUUACAUAUCGUGUUGUGGACAGAAGCUGUCCAAUGAGCAAAUGAUCGCACUUCACUUAGAAAAACACAAGACCAUGACUACGAUGAAGGAAACACGAGAAAACAGCAAUUCUUGGGAACGGCGAGUGUCGUCUGCCUUCGGUUCAAUUUUGACCGACUUUAAAAAAGAUUUGGAGGAUUACGAGCCACUUCCAAACAUGACACUGGCUUUGAAUGGAGAUACCAAAGAACAACAGAAGCUGUACGAUGUUCAAGACUAUCUGGUUCAGACCUACUUCAGUCUGGACUGUGAACUUUGCGGCUACAGAAUGAACAACCCAGAUGAACGUCGAAUGCAUUUCCGGGAUGUACAUCCGAAAGAGAAAUAUUUUGUGUCUUGCUGUGGCCAACGCUUUUCCAUUAGGAUCAGCAUAAUGCGACACUUGAACCGGCACUGGAAAUUUGUAGCAAAUGGGGCAAUUAAGGAAUCAGCUCAGAAGAAUGUGAAAGUAGAGACAGACGAUUCCGUUGAAUUAGUAGCUCCGCCCAACAGAGCCAAUUGGCUGCGUCAAAUGCAAAUUGUGUACGGUCCGCUGAUGAACGAGUUCCGUGAUGAUCUUAUCGAAGGAGGAUUUAUACCUCCAACAAAACUCCCCGAAAUAAAAUCUACCGAACAACAGAGGUUGCUCCACCAGAUGCAGGAUUAUCUUAUAGCGAAACAUAGCCCACUGAACUGUGAACUCUGUGGUGUAGAGAUCAGCACCUACGUGGGCCGACGAGAGCACUUUAGCAUCGGACAUCCGAAGCUCAAAAUGUACAUCGAAUGCUGUGGAAAGAAAAUUUCGACAAGACAAAAAGUUAUCACUCAUUUGUUGCGUCAUCGAAAAGGUUUACGCACUAUGGAACCGCAAAUCCGAUUCGCUCCGGAGCAUACAUACGAGAAGCACGAGCAAGAUGAUGCUGCUAUUGAGGGCUACUACAAGUUGGAUUGUGAGCUCUGUGACUACACUGGAAAUUCGUACCUUGGACUGAGAGCACAUUUCCAAAAAUCACACAAGGAGGAAGGCUUUUUCAUCACAUGCUGUAACCGAAAGAUGAAAACUAAGUAUCACAUCCUUGAGCACAUUGCCGCUCAUCAAAAACCGGGCUCGCUGAAGUGUGAUCACUGCGAGGCAACAUUUUCUUCGGAACGCAUACGCAAGGCCCAUGUAAAUCGGAAGCAUGUCAGCGAUGAGGAGAAGCUAUUUCGCUGCGAACACUGCGUAGAGUCGUUCUCCACUAAGAAUCUUUUGGUAUUGCACUCGUACAAACACGAGCUGAUGACGUGCGACAUUUGUGGGGUGGAGAUGAAGCGUUGCUCGCUCCGAGUGCAUAAGCUGAACAUCCACAAACAGGGCGAGGAAAUCGUGUGUCACGUGUGCGCCAAAGUCUUCCACUCCAAGCAUAUGUUCAAUGCUCACUACAGAAAAGCACAUCUGGGCAUCCGGAAGAAAUAUAAGAAGAAAUCUCGAGCGAAGAAAAAGCUUCCUUUGCAGGAAGAAGGGGAGAAUCCAUGCAAAACAACGACUAUGCAGCUGAGGAUCGAACCACUAUUCCUGAACGAUUGAGGCUUUGACUUUGGCUUAUGAUCGACUACUCUUGGAGCACUUUUUGUUUGAUUGCAAUUAACCAGUUGUGGGGCACAGUUUCACUGAAA